UAUUUGUCAAAGCUAGCAUAGCUGAGAGACUGUCUCGGUCAUACAUACGCAUCAUACGUUUCAGUAAUGAAACGAGUCUUUUCCGCCAUGUCACUCUCUAAGGAUCGUAACAGACACGACCGUGAAAAUACAUAAAGCCGUAAUGGCGACUGCCGUCGACGUCAUCAGAGAGGACCUGUGUCGCAACAGUAGCGCUGGAUCCACUGAUCGCAGCAUCUUGACCUCAUCACCGGACUUCUUGUCUCCCCACCACGAUCGCCGGCACUUCUGCCAGUCCCCGCUCAGUGAGAAGACACGAUCCAAGUCCCUGGUAGUGCCUCCCGUAUCAGCGAGGUUGUCCAUAGAAGAGCACGAACAAAAAGUUGACUGUGAUUCACUAUGUCCCGACGGACACCGCUUGUCGUGUCCCCACAGGAGAAGACACCACGGCGAAGCGCCGUCGCGGUCUCACAGACUUCGUCGAGCCCGCAGUGUCUCGGUGCUUGUGGGGCCCAAUGGCCAGGUGUGGACUCAAGCGGGCGACGAGCGAUGUCCGGUGCCGGCGGGUCGCCAGCAGACCGCCGUCUCGAUCGCCAUGGAUGAGCGCCUGAUCGCCACCAUUACACAGCACUAUUACCCCGAGGGCGCCUGGGGCUGGUGGAUAUGUCUGUGCGCGUUCCUGGUACAUUUCCUCUUGGGAGGCCUGCAGGGUGGCUGCGGACUGCUAAUCGGACGUAUUACUCGACGCUACGGCACGCCUCCUAUGCCUUCAGGUUUCAACGCGUGA